UUUAUUGUGAAAGGGAUCAGUCCGUCCGCGCGCGUGCUUGAGGGAGGGCGCGGCUUCUCUAACGGAUGGAUGGAUGGAUGGAUGGACGCGCGUCAACGCCGUGAAUCGAACCCAGCCGUACGUCCUUUCUUGGGGAGAAGAACAAGAGAAGACCAAAAGUUAAUCGGGCGGAGAACGACGCGUGACCCGAAGACGGGACGAGAUGAAGCGAGCCGUGUACUCGGUGGAGAUCAAAGUGGAGCGGGACAAGAGCACGGGAGAAACGCGCGUCCUGUCCUCGCACACCAAACUUCCCGUGGACUGCUCUCGCGGAGGGGUCAAAGUUUACGAGGACGAGCAGAAAGUGGUGCACGAGGUCAACGGGCAGGAGGGCGUCCGUCCGCUCAGCGCCGCCGAGGUGGACGAACUCAUCCUUAAAGCUGACCUGGCCAGUCGGGACGAGGCGACCGCUCGGGCCUCCGCCACAGCGAAUCCAGACGAGCCCGACGUCCCCCAGGGAGAGACGGCGUCCACCGAGCGGGAGGCCCCGCUGCGGAAGGGUGCCGCCGAACCGGAUGUGCCGCCCUCCCGGCCGGAGGUCUCGCCCCGGGAAGGCGUUGCCGAGCCAGAGGCCUCACCCCGGGAGGGCGUCGCCGAGCCAGAGGCCUCGCCCCGGGAGGGCGUCGCCGAGCCAGAGGCCCCGCCUCGGGAGGGCAUCGUCGAACCAGAGGUGUUGCCCUCCCGGCCGGAGGCGUCGACCCAGGAGGGCGCCGUGUCCGAAUCGGAUUUGCAGGGAGGCGACGGGACGACUUCGCGGCCGAAACCGGGGACCAAGCGCGCCGGCCGUCACGCCGGCGACAAAAAGAAAUCUCGCGUGUGCUGCGCUGUGAUGUGAACCCAUGGCGGGUGUCACGUGCUUUCGCUUUUCUCAAAUUGUGCUGCUUACUUUGCCUGGGAGGCGAGGAGCAUCAUUAAUUGGCAAUUCCCAAUGAAUGACAAAUGGACAUGUUAGGCAUGCACAAAAUUCCGAUGAGCUUUAGCACUUUUUACACGCAAGCCUAAGGAGAAUCAAAGCUGCCAUAAUUCAUAAAAUACAUCACAUACAAAUUGAAUUAAUGAUCAAUUCAUCAAUAAGCGCUUUGUGCUUGUUUUUUUUUUUUGCAUGACCAUGACAAAACUAAUUCAAAUGAGGGGGCGGUCUUUUGAAUAUAGCGGUAUUAGCAUCUACAUAACCAUUAUUCAACCAAUGGGCCAACAGUUUCAACCCAAGGCACAAAUAAGACUGCCCCCUCAUUGAAUGAGUUGACAAUCAGCAUCGCACUUUUAUUUAUGGAUUGAUACUAAUUUGGAAUUUUUUCAACCUUAUCAUUAUAUUUGUUUUUAUUCGUAUUUAUUUCCAUAUAUAUUUUUUAUUGAUGUAUAUAUUUUUUGUAUUUAUAGUACUUUUCAUUUUGGUUUGCAGCUUUGGUCCUCUAUAUAGCUCAAAAGUUUGCAAGUGGAACUCACUUUCUGAAUGCCCAAGCUUGACUUCCUGUUUGUAGAAGCACAUGCAUGCAACCUGCAGCAUACGCUCACGUGCAUAUGAUGGAGUACUAGGGCCAAAUAAAGAAAUUUUAA